GGUAGGCGGCAAACGCGGCAGGUCGGCGCGCACAAUCGUUCCUUCUGCACGCACCAAACUAAAACCAGCCAGUGUCGGACUAUUCGCCGAUUGUUUCAACAAUUGCAACAAACCCGCCUGCACUCCAUUCUACCAUUGGCCGCAGCCGUGCACCGUUGUUGUUCCACGUACGAUUGUUUAUAUAGUGUUGUGUUUUCAUUUUUUUAUUUUUAUUUAUUUUAUUUCGGAUUGGUUUUGCGACUUUCCGACUUGGUUGUUUUUUGUCAAAUUUUCGGAGUUUACGCGCCUCACACACUUUGCCGCAUUUCAUUUGGUUCGGUCUGGUGGAUUUUAUUGGGUAUUUUGUGCAGUGAUUACUUAAUUGAGACGACGUCGAAGCUCCUCAACGUAAAAAUCAACGACACGUUUUCUUGCCCAGCCGACGAUCUCCUUGAAAGCGGCGUACCCCAACGCGAUCAUAGAUGCCGAUCGGCCUGAGCUAGCGUCCCCGUAACCAAACGCCACGGCGGUGUCGACGGCACCGCGAAAAGCAGUGAGGCGACCGCGUUCACGAAACGGCUCAACCAUUGGCGUAGAGAUUGCACCCUCCUUGUGUCCGAUGGGGGCUGACACCUCCCCGGAUCAGCAGUACUCGCUGCGAUGGAACGACUUCCACUCGUCGAUCCUGUCGUCGUUCCGACAUUUGAGGGACGAGGAGGAUUUCGUCGAUGUGACGUUGGCCUGCGACGGCUGCUCGUUCACGGCCCACAAGGUCGUGUUGAGCGCAUGCAGCCCGUACUUCAGGCGGCUGCUCAAGGCCAAUCCCUGUCAACAUCCCAUCGUUAUAUUGAGGGAUGUGCAGCAGAAGGACAUGGAAAGUUUAUUGAGGUUUAUGUAUAACGGAGAAGUCCACAUUGGACAAGAGCAUUUAACAGAUUUCUUAAAGACUGCACAAAUGUUACAAGUUAGAGGAUUAGCGGAUGUUCCAGCCGGAGCCGCAGGCCAAAGACUGACUGUACCAGAAAAGAUCUCACCGAACUCCUCGUCGCUGCCCUGGGCGACGGACCGGCCGGACGCCCUGCGAGAGGGCGGACUGUCGCCGCCGCCGGCGAAGCGGUCCCGCAGCGCCGACCGUCCCUACACGCCCGAUAGGGUGCGGAGUCCCUCCAGGGGCAACGGGGACAUGCAGGAGUCGCUGCUAGGACAGGCCCUCGAAGGGGGACCCACGAUCCACACCAAGGAGAAGAACAACUCAGAUUCCUCGUUACAAGCCCAAUCGACUGGCGAAGAUAGCAAUAGCAGUGAUACAGCCAUGAGCGACCAUGGCCACGACGUUACCCCAAAGACUGAACCCUCCGAUUACCCCAUGCUAGACGAUCACCAUCCAUACAACACGAACGGCGGCCUCAUGGACCAGAACCGUUCGUCCUUUCCCGGAGCCCUCCUAGGACUGCCAGGGUUGGGAGGACUGAUGCCAGGGCCGUCGGGGAUGCACAACAGUCCGGACAGUUUUGUUAACAGACGUUCAUUGGAUAUGAUGAGAGUAAGAGCCACGGAUCCUAGACCCUGCCCCAAAUGCGGAAAGAUCUACAGGUCAGCCCAUACAUUGAGGACACACUUGGAAGACAAACACACGAUAUGCCCAGGAUACAGAUGCGUCUUAUGCGGAACAGUUGCCAAGUCCAGGAAUUCCCUACACUCACACAUGUCGAGACAACACAGAGGAAUCAGCACGAAGGAUCUACCCGUUCUACCCAUGCCAGCACCUUUUGAUCCAGAACUAGCCAGCAGGUUGUUGGCUAAGGCAGGAGUGAAAAUAAGUCCUGCAGAACUGCGUGCAAGGGCAUCGCCCACGGGUCCCCGUCGCUCCGACGUGAAACUGGAAGCAAAGAGCGCGUACUCCGGCGCAGUGUCGGACGCAGGUAGUUCGAUAUGCGGCGAUAACGAUCCGGAAGAUCUGACCAUGUCGAAUCCAAGGUACGGUGGCUUUGACUUAGCAAUGUCUCCGCCCCUAAAUCACCAAAAUUCUUUCAAACCGAACAGGUAUAACUCUACUGGUCAAGCAGUCGCUGCCAAGAGUAUAGACUCCCUCCACAACCUAUCGAAAGAACCCUAUCCGGCUCCCCUAGCUCCUCCAGUAGCCGGCGGUAACACGACCGGCUCAGCAAUCUUGGACACCUACCUCCAAUUCAUAACCGAAAACAGUCUCGGAAUGGGUAUGAUGUCCCCGGAUCAGGCCGCCGCCGCCAUGCAGGCCGCCAAGCUGGCCCAGCUGAACGCCAUGGGCUUGGACAAGGCGUCGCAGGAGCACUUCCUGCAGAAGAUGCAGCAGCAGAUGCAGAACGCCAGCGAUUACAUGAUGAAGCGCAACGAGGACAUCAGGCGGGGCGAGGCCGAAAUGGUGAACCACGACAGAGACAAAGAGCACGAGGAGGCCGAAUCGUCGGCCGGCGAGGAGGAGGAAUACAGUGAGGACGAGAUCGAACCAGAGACUGUCAAAGCGGGAGAAUAAUGUACAUAGGAUGGAAGUUAGGUUAAGUUCAGGCUGCCGGAGCUCUUGCCAUUUCAUCAUCUAAUACUCAUUUAUUCCAUCCAACUACCUCAGUUUUGUAUGUCAUCAUAGUAUAUUUAUUACAUUUCCUUUAUAGGGCUGGAUGAGCCAGCCCUAUAUGAAUACUAAAUAUUCCAUCCGUCUACCUCAAAUUAGUAUAGUGAACGAGUGCAAGAUAAUAAGGGUUUCAAGUGUAUACGGUAUUUUAGUAAUUUUAGGAAAAUUUAUAUUGGACUACGUUGCAGUUAUUUAAUAACUAAAUAAAUAAAAAAUAUUUGAUGUUUCUGUAGGCUGUUGUGUAGGUUUGUACUGCAUUUAGAGGUUUAAGAGUUGCAGGAUGAAUGUCAUUUUGUUGCCAGUGAUUUAGACUUAAAUAAUUCGAGGUUUAGCCCCACAAAAGGAAUUCAAAAUUCACACAUUAACCAAAGGUUUUUGGAGCUACGCUCUAUACUUAUGUUCUUCUAAAGAUACGUACUACGGUCGCAUGACGUAAAUAUAGUUACAAUCGUAACUAGAAUGUAGGUUAAGUAGACAAUACAUGUGAUGAUUUUUGGAAGCUUUUUGUGACUUUGCAACGUGUCCGGUAGAAUUCCAAGCAACCACCAACACUAUUCCGUCCACCACCAAUCAAUUUUUAUACACAAUCUUGUUUAAUUGUUCUUCAAUUUAUGAUAGUACAAAUCAGACUCACGUGGCAGGAAUAGUAUUAAUGGUUGCGAGUCCAUACGUGCACAUAAUUAUUAAAUUGUAGAUGAAAUAUUUUUACAGAUGAACAAAGUAUACAAUUUUAUUAUUAAAAUACGUUUGAACAAAGUAUACAAGCAUUCAAUUCAGGUGAAAAUGGUACAAAGCGUUUUUGCCUAUACAACAAUAUUUUUGUACGUAACUUUAAUACUACUGACAUGUUACAACUUUUUGAGAUUUUAAAGUUUUUUUUAUAGACGCUUCCAUGUUCAUUCAAGAUGCUUCCGUUGAUAAGCAAUUCGUAGACAUGUAACAAUCAACUGAUAUUCUAAUUCAGGAAUUUCAUAUUAAUCACUCAGGUCGAACUAAUAUCAUUCUUUACCGAAGUACAAAUUUCCGUAUCACUUAAUUUAUAAAUCUCAUCCGAUACACAAUUGUUUAUUAUACAGUCUUGCCAGUUUUUUUUUUAUAUUUACAUUUCAGUGAUAAUAUUUCAGGUAAUAUAGAGCAAAUAUUCAGGUAUCAUCAAGUCAUUUAGAAUCAUUUAAAGUCAGUCAUCCUCAUCAGUCAUUAGUGUAAGUAAAAUAGUGCUUCUUUCGUAGAAUAUAGACUUCCGACAUAACUUCCCCCCAAGUUGCCGUCACUGCUCGAGAAUAAGACGUACUUAACUGUAUUAUAUUAGAAUUUAUUUAAGUUAUUUAGCGUAUUUUCGGCAACCCUGGUUCAACGUAGUUCUUCCAAUUGUUUAUGCCGUUAUAUAGGUCGAUUUUUGAACUUUUCAUUUAUUGAUAACAAAUGUACUUAAUUGCGGUCAGUGUCGUCCCUCCUCAAAGAUCUACCUCCCGCGUAGAUUUUUGGCGGUUUUGUGCAUGGGCCAAUUAUUUUUAUACCUCAACGUUCUUGUUCUUCGCUAUAAUAUGGAAUGAAAUGACAAUGGUGAAAUUACGUGUUAAGCAUUGUUAAAUGUUAGAAUGUAAUCGCUUUCCCAUUUUGAAAAUAAAAAAUAACAAAAAUGAUAGUUUAGGUAUAGCCAUAGCACUCGAAUAGAGGUCAUUGUUAUUUAUUGAAUAAGUCAUAGCAUAGAAUAUAUUGUUAUAUUCAGAAAGAAAAUAAUAUUGGAUUGAUAAUAGAUUUGAGCACCAACUGUGUCCCGAUUAUGUUUUGUCAUAAAAAUCCAGUGGAUGUUGCUUUAAGUUUACGAAUAAUCCAUGUUCUGGUGCGAUGCGGUGUUCAUAAAAGUGUGGAAAAAGCAUAAAUUGUUUAUGUUGCUUGUUUUUGGUUUUAUUUUAUUUCGAAGAUAACAAUAUUGAGUUUGAGGUAUGUUGUUGUAUAUAGUCUCAAUAUUUCUUGUUGAAGAGUUAUACUUUUUUGAAUUCAUUUAUUAGUGAUGUACAUAUUAUUUUUAAUAACAAUCAAAUGCAAAUAAUUAUACGAUAAGGUCUUGAUGUUGCAACUCCUGAAAGCUAAUGUCACUGAAGGAAUUGCAGCAUCCACAAAAAUCUAACCUACAACCAAUGACGUUGUGGGUUAGAUUGCAUAUUAUUUUACUGCAUAUGUGAUGUACUGUUUCAGCCAAAGCUAACGUUAAUGAACAACACUGAGUUGUUGAUUAAAAAGUUGGUUGUGGAUUUUGAUAUUGUUGUUUUUCCAUAAUACCUACCUCAUUUUAAGAAUUUUAUAGUAAGACUUACAGACCUCAAGUAAUUUUAAAGACAGAUCUCUCAUCAAUAAUACUGGUAUUUUUUGUACGAAAAACAAAUAAUAUUAAAAAAAAAUAGAUUGUCUAAGCUUAGAGUGUACAGUUGUUUUUUAUAGAUUUGCUGAGGAAUAAUAUUAACAUGUGGAAAUCCGUAUGGCGAGCUUAAAAAUAAUAAAAAUACGUGUGCAGUGCCAUAUUUUAAGAAUAACAAGGCAAAAUCGCAUCCCGCGGCUCCUGCUGAGCCGCAGGCGCGAUGGUUUUUGUCCGUAGGACUCUACAGCAGUCAUUAAGAAAUGCAAAUAACCGGAAAAUUGUUCCUAACUGAGUACGGUUCCUCAACAAUAUAUUUUCGGUAAACCGACCAUCGGUGUGUGUAUAUAAAAAAAUAAGUGUAUGCUUUAAUGGCAGUGUAGAGUCUAAAAAAUUGUAAAAUUGUAUUUAUUGUUGAGGGGCUGGGUGCCUUCGAAAAAAAAAAUAUAUUACAGCUGGUUUCAGUACUCCCAAAAAGUCCUGAAGACCAAUGCUAAUCAGAGUUCCUAACGAUCCCCUUUUUAAGAGGUGAAAAAUACAUUUAAAAAAAAUAACUUGUAACUUUUAUAUAGCGUAGUGAACCGUUUGACACCGAGAUAUAGUUUUGCUAACUGGCAAAAAUCGUAUAUACACUAUUAUUAUAUGAACAUAGGUGUACAUGUAUAAGAAUUAUUAUUAUAUAUAAACUGAAUAGGUAUACCUAAAUACCCACCUUCUAUGUUGAACAUUAUUUGCAUUUCUUUUUUAUUUAUACUUGUACUUAAAACUUUUGUGAAAUAUUUUAUUUUUGAGAUUUUUAUCGUUAAAUGUCUAACUUUUUUAUUUUGUAAAAUGUUCCUAAUAUUUAAGUUAGGAUUAUGUUAAGUUUUAUCGUCCUUGUUUAUUUAGAGGUAGGUGCAAUAAGAAUAUUUUGAUUAGUAAUGUUAUUAUAAAUAUAAAUAUACCUAUUUGCCAUAUUAUUAUAUUACUUAUUAAUACUUUCUGUAUUGCUUGGGUAUCAUUUAUACAUAA